AACUACAUCUCCCGGGAUGCUCCGGGGCAGGUUCCCCCGCUUCCGGUCCCCCUCGCUGAGGGGAGGGGUGCGGGGUUGGUUGUUAAAGUGCUAUGACAACGGGCGCAAAGAUGGCUGCCGAGGCUGGCGGAGCGGGGCAGCUGGUACCGCUGGUAGCCUCCCGUUAAGCAGCCGCAGCCGCCACCCCCCUCCCUCCCUCGUCCACCCCGCACCCUGUCCCGUUCCGUCCGCGGGGCUGCGAGUGAGGAGGGCUGAGCCAGCUGGUGCCUGCGGUUGCCGCCUGUUGAUCUCCGUCCUUGGGGACCCGCUGAGCGCCAGGGCCGGGCCGGCGGCUUCGCAGGGAUCAGCACCUCUCUGCUCGCGCACACCCUAGUGUAGACGCAUCCUCCGCCGUGGCUGCUGGCCAGUUUCCAGCGCAGGUACUUGUGGGUGCAGAGGCCCCUGCUUGGACGGGUCUGCGUGAAGGAGAAUGUCUUUGUUUAAAGCCCGAGAUUGGUGGUCAACAGCUCUUGGAGAAAAAGAAGAAUUUGAUCAAGGGUGUUUGUGUGUAGCUGACAUUGACAACAGCGGCAGUGGACAAGCUAAAAUAACUGUUGGCAGUUAUAUGGGAUAUCUUCGAAUCUUUAAUCCACACCCUGUCAAACCUGGAGAUGGAAUGCAAGCUGAAGAUUUGCUCCUUGAAGUGCAACUGCGAGAUCCAAUACUCCAAGUGGAAGUAGGAAAAUUUGUUUCUGGUACUGAACUACUUCAUCUGGCUGUACUGCAUUGCAGAAAACUAUGUGUCUAUGCUGUCUCAGGAACUUUGGGAAAUGUGGAACAUGGGAACCAGUAUCAGAUCAAACUUAUGUAUGAACACAAUCUUCAGCGAACAGCCUGCAAUAUGACUUAUGGACCAUUUGGUGGUGUGAAAGGUCGAGAUUUGAUAUGCAUACAGUCCAUGGAUGGCAUGCUUAUGUUGUUUGAACAGGAAAGCUAUGCUUUUGGUAGAUUUCUACCUGGUUUUCUUCUACCGGGUCCGUUAACUUACAGCUCUCGAACAGAUUCCUUCAUUACAGUCUCUUCCUGUCAACAAGUUGAGAGCUACAAGUACCAAGUGCUGGCAUUUGCAACAGAUGCUGAUGAAAGACAGGAGACAGAGCAGCAAAAACUGAGUUCUGGAAAAAGGCUUGUUAUGGAUUGGGUUUUAAACAUUGGAGAGCAAGCACUGGAUAUAUGUGUUGUGUCCUUUAAUCAGACCUCCUCUGUUUUUGUGCUUGGUGAGAGAAAUUUCUUUUGCCUUAAGGAUAAUGGGCAAAUUCGAUUCAUGAAAAAACUUGAUUGCAGUCCAAGUUGCUUCCUUCCUUAUUGUUCAGUGUCUGAAGGAACAAUAAACACUCUGGUUGGAAACCAUAAUGGCAUGUUGCAUGUUUAUCAGGAUGUGACAUUGAAGUGGGCCACUCAGCUUCCCCAUAUUCCUGUAGCAGUAAAAGUGGGCAAUUUACAAGAUUUGAAAGGUGUUAUAGUUACUCUGAGUGACAGUGGACACUUGCAGUGUUCCUACCUUGGUACCGAUCCUUCUCUGUUCCAGGCUCCUAAGGUUGAAUCUAGGGAAAUAAACUACGAAGAACUUGACAGAGAAAUGAAAGAGCUUCAGAAAAUCAUCAAGGAGUCCACAAAAACACAAGAUAUUUUGCCCAAAUCUGAAAAAGAUUACGAUGAUUUGAGGAUCACGGCAGAAGUUUCACCUGACUUGGAUGUAGUUCUGUCAAUAGAAAACUGUCAUGUUGUUGCACUGAUGCACGUAGCCUUGUGGAUGCAAACUGAGCUGCUUCAACCUUCUCCUGCAAAGAGAGCUGGGAUAUUGAGGAUGGUCUUGGAGGCAGUUGUAGGUCUUAGGCAAGCCAUUGACAGUGAGAUCACACUACAGAGCAGAUUGGCUGUGCAAAAAACAAAAUUAUCAAUAUGUGUACAACCUCCUUUAGCACUGACCCAUGACCAGUUCAUCUUUGGUGAUAUAGAGUCGUGCAGAUCUAAAGCUGUAGCUCUGUCUGUCUUUCUGAAGGGGAAUUGUCCACCAGCAGAGCUGGAAGGAAAUGCUGUGGCUUCCUAUAGUAUGCCCACAGAUCUCAAUCCUGAAGGAAUACCAAGAGUUGCUCAGUGUAAAUUUAGACUACCCUUGCGGUUAAUUUGCUUUCCAGCUCAACCUUCAAAAACAGCAAACCACAAACUAACUAUUGAUACCAAUAAAUCUCCUGUCAGUCUUGUGAACCUUUUCCCAGACUUUGCUGAUCAGUCUAAUGAAGAUCAGGUAAAUGUUCUGGGAUUCCAGUUCUUAACUGGUUCUAGAAUCACUCUUCUUGCUUCAAAAACCUCACAACGGUAUAGAAUCCAGAGUGAACAAUUAGAAGACCUUUGGCUAAUCACAAAAGAACUCACUUUUCGUCUUGAAGAACAUUUCAAGAAGCAAAAUAGCAAAGACUUCACUUGUACCUUUUCUGGUUCAGUUCCUUUACAAGAAUAUUUUAAACUAAUUGAUCGCCAUUUUGAGCUUCGCUUGAAUGCUGAAAAAUUUGAAGAACUGUUGUUCUGAAAGAGCCUACAAUUUAGAGCUAUUGAACGACGAUUACUAACUCGAUUCAAAGACAAAACACCUGCUCCCCUUCAACAUCUGGACACCUUGUUAGAAGGAACUUACAGACAGAUAAUAGCUCUAGCAGAUGCGGCAGAGGAAAACCAAGCCAAUAUGUUCCAAGCAUUCACAAAGUUGAAAAGUGCCACCCAGCUGGUGAUUAUGCUGAUUAGUCUGUGGCAGAAACUCAGCACUGACCAAGUUACUAUUCUGGAAGCUACGUUUUUGCCAUUAAUGCAGGAUACCCAAGAGCUGGGUUGGGAAGAAAGCGUGGAUGCUGCUAUCUCUCAUUUGCUGAGAACAUGUCUGUCCAAGAGCUCUAAAGAACAGGUCCUGACUCUCACCAGUCAAUUGAGUAUACCCAAAGAUACAAGCAGGCUGAAGAAACACAUCACCUUGCUCUGUGAUAGAUUGGCCAAAGGUGGUCGCCUAUGUUUAAGUACAGACACAAAUAUUCAGCAAACUAUGGUCAUGCCAGGUGGCUGUAGUCCCAUCCCAGAAUCUGACCUGGAGGAAAGGACAGGUGUACAGGAUUCCACAACAAUGUUUACCAACCACAGGCACCUUACAAAACAGAAAUCCAAAACUGAUUUUCUGCAGGGUGCACUAGAGGAAGCAGAAAAGCCAUGAAAAUCUGAAGAAGAUUCUCAGGAGGAUUUUUCUAUCUGAUGUCAAAAGCAUUUACAAUGCAGCUGUACCAAUUCAUGUUACUCUAGUCUGAAUGGAGCCUUCAGAAGAAGAAGGUCCCACUAAUUGUACAAAAAAGUUUAUUCAUAUCAAAUUGAUUAGAUUUCCUUGCCAACUACUUGUCUUAGCAUCCAUUCUGUGGAUAAAGCCUAACCACUUAUGAAACUGUUGUAGCAAAUGUUUAUUAAUCUGCAAUAUCAACCCGUCAUAAAGAUCCUGUUGCCUGAUCAAAGACUAUUUACACGCAGUUAAAAGCAAACUUUGUUCCAUGGUAUGUUUCUUCCUUUGUGAUUACGUUACCAUUUUCUCAUAGUGUCACAGUUUGGACGAAAAAUAGCUAUCUCCUUCCCUCAUCUGCAAACCAAUCACAAUUUUCACACAGGUGAAUUCACCACAAGAAGUAAGGCAGAUAAUCAAGACUUCUCUAUCCCCCUCCUCCCUGAUUUAUACAUCUGCUCUCAAGAGAUACAGCGUAAAAUAUGGCUAUGUCAAGGGCAAAAUGUCUCCUUCCAUUUUCCUGUUACAUAAGUCAUGUGAAUAAAGUUUACAUUGUAAUUGCCCUAAGCACGCUGACACAUGGAUCUUCUGAUUGUGUUUUUUACUGACACAUUAAGUAUACUGAUACAUAUUAUUCUUAUGAAUCAGUCUGUUCUGGCUAGGGACAAGUUUUUCAGAUGUGACUAGUGAUUAUGAGUGCAUUCAAUUUUGCUAACCCAAAACUGAGACAGUUCAAAGGGGAUCUGAUUUUCAGAAAGUUUGACCCCUUUGAAAAUCAGAUCCUGUUAAAGUGUCUACAAAUAGGAAACCCCAAAAUAGAGGCACCCAAAAUCACCUUUGAAAAUCUUGGCUUAGAUUUUUGAAAUGUCCGGAGCAUAAAUGAAUUGGUGAGAGAGUAACAUGAAUGUGGUGUCAAUGUAAAGAUAUAUGGAAGGGUCUGAAAAUAAUUGAGACCUGGCUCCAAGUGUGGAAGAUAUGCAGCCAACAUCUCCUUCCUUUUGGUUUGGCCUCAUGGUGGAUCAUACAAAAGUACAAUUUCUAGCCCAUUUGGCAGCGUAUAUGAAAUGAAUUGUUGAUCUCAGCUUAUUUGCUAGUGGACAAGUGUACACAUUGCAAAGGCUGUCAUCAAACUUGGCACCUGUGUUAUCUAUCUCAGCAGAGACACCAAAGACUUGGGCUAUAUCUACGCUAGCACUUUUGUUGGUAAAACUUUUGUCGGUCAGGGCAUAGGUGCUGUGUUCUGCUCCCACCGGUGGGUGUUCAACCCCCCCUCUGCCCCUGGCCUGCCCUGACUCCAUCUCUUCCAUGAGGCCCUGCCCCGCCCCCAUUCC